AGCCUUCCAGUGGACAUGAGAGUCCCUUUCCAGAGCCUCCAAGCCGUCAAGAUCCUCCUGGAGUCCAAGGGCAUCCCUUAUACCAUCAUGAUCAAAGACCUACAGGAUUUGCUGGAUAAGGAAAAGGAAUCCAUGUUGCUGGCCAGAAAGUCUGAAAGAAACACUGGCACAUUUAGCUUCUCUACCUACCACACCAUCGAGGAGAUCUACAGUUGGAUGGAUGAUUUUGUGGCUGAAAAUCCAGAUCUGGUCAGCAAAAUGCAGAUUGGGCAGAGCUAUGAAGGGCAGCCCAUCUACGUUCUGAAGUUCAGCACGGGAGGGGUCAACCGUCCCGCCAUCUGGAUUGACACCGGCAUUCACUCCCGAGAGUGGAUCACCCAAGCGACAGGACUGUGGACAGCUAACAAGAUAGCCAGCGUAUUUGGUAAGGAUGCCUCGUUGACGGCAGUACUGGAUUCUAUGGACAUCUUCUUGGAGAUCAUCACUAACCCCGAUGGCUUUGCUUAUACUCACACUACGAACCGCAUGUGGCGUAAGACUCGGUCGAUCAACGCUGGAUCUUCCUGCAUUGGGGUGGAUCCCAACAGGAACUGGGAUGCUGGCUUUGGAGGCCCUGGAUCCAGCAGCAACCCCUGUGAUGAAACGUACCACGGGGCCUUCCCUCACUCCGAGAGUGAAGUGAAAUCCAUUGCGGACUUCAUCCUGGCCCACGGAAACGUGAAAUCCGUCAUCUCCAUCCACAGCUAUUCCCAGAUGCUGAUGUUUCCCUACGGGUAUAAGACGGAGCCUGCCCCUGACCACCAGGAACUGGAUAACCUUGCUCAAGAGGCUGUAUCAGCCUUGGCUGAAGUAUAUGGGACAAAAUACACAUUUGGAAGCACGAUCGACACCAUAUACCAAGCUGAUGGAACCACCAUUGACUGGAGCUACAACAAUGGGGUCAAAUAUUCCUAUACUUUUGAGCUGAGGGACAAAGGCCAAUAUGGAUUUCUCCUACCAGCGGAUCAGAUCAUCUCAACGGCGGAAGAAACCUGGCUAGCGCUCAUGAAGAUCAUAGAACAUGCCCGAGAUCAUCCUUAUUAACCUUAUGAGGUUGCGGGUGAAGCUAACACGUGUUCCAGAGC